GGAGGAGGAGGAGAUCACCGCGGCCACGCUGCGGGUCAAGCCCCGGCCGCUGCCCAUCUCCGCCAUGUCCACUCUGGGCUACGCCCCGUCCGAUCGCCCCGAACCCAAGGAGCUCAGCUACUACAACCGCCAGCGCCGGGAAAAGGAAAGGCCUGUCGGAGUGCUGGCAUCCUCUGCCUAUGGAAAACGCAUCCAUCAGCCCGUGGAGCCCUUGAACCGAGGCUGUGGCCGUGUGAACCACGUGCAGGCUGACUUCUACAGGAAGAAUGACAUCCCCAGCAUCAAGGAGCCUGGCUUUGGGCACAUUGCUCCAGCCUGAGGUGGCCCCGGGGCCCAGGCCCGUUCCAGAAAAGGAGGCUGCUGGGGGAGCGCGGGGCCCGGCCUGGCUUCCCUUCUCACCUCCUGCUGCAGCGACGCACCUUGACCUCGGGAGGGACCUGGCCCCGCGCCUUUGCCCGCGUUAAACAUGCCCAGCGGAGGGAUUUUCACCUGCACUUGUUUCUGAUGCAAUGAUGCUGACCCACACAUUGUAUUCUCCCAAAUAAAAGGAAAGCAACCUUG